ACCUCAUAACUCAUGAUUAUUGUAACGUUUCUGUUACUUUUGAGACAGUAGAGAUGCAGCUUGUAUAAAAGCGGGUGUAACUCGAUGUAACAUGCGUUUUGUGUUAAAGCAGUGAACGUGUAUUAAAUGAACAGAAAUAUCUACGAGAACUAGGUCACACAUUCACCACAGAGACUUUGAUCAGUUUUUUCAGUUUUUCUGCGGUCAGAAAGCUUCGUGAUGACCUCUAGUGGGUAGAAACAAGCACUAAGCAUGUCUGAGCUGGGAAGCGCUGUCAUCUGUCUCUACAUGUAUACUCCUAGAGGGAAAUUUGGAAAUUCAGCACUUCCUUCAUUCCGGUUAUUACAGUUCCUAUAGAUGCUAUUGAUUGACUGAUUUCUCCUCAACGACAGGUUUGUCCUGUUUCCGUUUGGACUUCCCUGCUUCCGAUUCUUUCCACUGCGAGUAAAUUUUCAAAAGUGAACCUGACCAGACAAGCAGGAAAGCAGGCCAGGUAGGUGUUUCCAAUCAGGACUCGUCUGACAGGAGUGAAGUCACCGUCAGAGAAAGUGCUUCUUGAGGAAAGCGAGGAGGGGUAUGUCUGAAAACUCCUGAGGCUGAUACUUCCAGUAUAUGCAUGCACAGUUAUAUAAAUUUGAAAGCAGAUAAUAAGUCUAUGAGAACCCCAAAAACAAAUACAUACACCUUUCACCCUCAAACAAUAGAUUAACAUGUUAAAUACAUAAUUAACCAAAUGAUGUAAUGAGUACUUUCUAACAAGGAAAAUCAAAUUGAGUAAAUUAACCUUGCGGAGCAAUGACAAUGACGAGCUAUGAAAAUAAUUACACAGCAGAUCACUGCGAGGGAAGACGUCGCUCUGGAAUGACACCACUCAUCAGGGAGGAGCAAAUAUGACAUUAUUUUUUGUCCUCUUCUCCAAUCUGUUAGUUUCCUCUAAUUGUAGCCAACUUCCUCCUCCUGUAAACACAUUUUUUGUGCGUGUGCAUGUACAGGUAGAGGUGCAUGCUUGUGUAUGUGGCUUCGUGAGCUGUGCAAUACCCGGGAAAAAUCCCCCUCGGUUCACUAUAAGAGGAGCCUGCAUGGAGACACAGAGGCACAUCUUUCCCAGGACUCAUCCUCUGAGGAACACACACAGACACACAGCUCUCCCACCAGACAUCAAGAGAUGAUGAAGAUGCUGCUCGGCCACUCGCUCUGCCUGCUCCUCCUGCUCAGCCGUCUGGGUGAACUGGUGGAGAGCCGCGCUCUGCAUCUGGACAGCUGCUCUGUCAACGUUCACACACAGGAGCUGCGCAAAUAUUACUCCACAAUGCGAUCAAAUGUGAUAGCAGCAGACGGCGAGGUCGCAGUGAAAAUUGUGUCCAAAUCUCUGAUUAAAAAUGUUCAGGACGGUCAGAUGUGCUGUUUCCUACGUCUUGUCCUGCGUUUCUACGUCGAGAGAGUGUUCAGCAACUACGCCUCUGCUCAGCCACAGGAUCAACGCUGCUCCAGCGCUCUGGCCAACGCUUUUGUCAGCAUCAGAAAGGAAAUAAACAAAUGUCACUGCCACUGUGCGGAGGAAACACAGAGAACAGUUGACUCCCUGCACGCCGAGUUUAUCAGGCUGGAAACAAACCAGGCGGCACAAAAGGCCAUGGGAGAACUGGACACUGUGCUGGAGUGGCUGGAGGGACUCGGCCAGAAUUCCCUCAGAUAAUCGAGCAAAAUCAACACCGCAGUCCAAAAGCGCCCAGGCUAAAGAUGUGACUCUUGAAAGCACAGUGAAGGUUCGAAACCUCUGUGCCAUUGUGCAUUUCUCUAUUUUUGUACUUGAAUUAACUUAUUGUGUGUUUUAGCCACUAGCACGUGGAUGUUUUUUAGAUACAAUAUUUAAUAAUAAUAAAGUUUUCAAAUAUUUAUAUUUAUCAAAAGAAAGUGUUUACUCUAUAUCGCAUGUCUGUUUCUACUGUAACUGUCUGAACGUAGUUGUUGUUUUUUUUACAUUA